GAUAAGGGGGCUCUGGGCGCUCACUGCAGCUGCGUUUCCAGGCUCCGCCGAUACCACUGACUCGGCCUCUUGUCAGCAAAGGCUCUCCUGGGGGCCCAGAGUCAGGCUGACCUUGCUUUGUACUGUAACUGCAUACUCGAUGCGGAGAAGAUCACUAACAUGCGGAAGCCAGGAUGGAGUCUGCUCAGCUCAAAAAGGCUGACAUGAAGCCUGAACAGCGUCCAGCCAGGGAAAGCAGAGUUAGGUUUAGCUGGCAAAAAGCAGGGUCUGACAACUGAAAUGGUGUGUUGGCUGAGCACUGACUUUAAAAAAGUGUCAGAAGUCCUCUGGGGUCAGGGAAAGGGCGGUGCUCAUAGUGCACUUCUAUCUAGCAUUUGUCUUGUUUUAUGUAGUUUUAAAAGAAUUUCAUGAAUUUGGUGUUGAGGUAAAACAAAUUAGCAUGCAUGCUUGUAAGAAGUCUUCACUGACUCCAGAACAAUUUUGCAUUAAGUAAAAUACGAUUCACAAAUCUCAGCGUGUGAGCAAGUUAAGGAGAAUCGAGAAGCAGGAUUUUUGAAUUUAACUUUAGAGCACUCUAUCGUCAAUUUGCACCCGAAGCUACAGGAGAGAUGACACCAAGUCAGCGGGGUUCUGAGGCAGCCUUGGCCGCAUCUUUGUGGGGAAGGAAGGAGCCCUUUCCAAGGCCAGUGACCAGGUGUGGCACUUCCGGGCCCCCCCAGUCCUCUGUCUGGUCCAUGGAACAGCUGCUCCGACAUCCUUGAGCCUGUAAGGAUCAUUCUGUCACCUGAGGUCAUGGAUGUUCAUGAAUCUUUUAAAAAGCCAAAAAUUUUAAAUGCAAAUAUAAAAUGAAUUCAUGCCAAAGAUUUUAUUUGACCCCUUAGUUAACAAGGAACCAGUAAUAUAAAAACCAGUUUGAAUGAGACCCCGAGGAAGAUACUGUAUAUACAAUCAGGAAUGUGGAAAUGGAUUUGCUGCCAGAAACAAAAGUGUGUCUUGUAGGACAACAGUGCCGUGCCUGAGACCAUCUCUCCGGAGGGCAGGGAUCAGUUACGUCUCUAUGGCUCUACAUUCCAGGGGCAGCUCCACGCAAGAAUCCGUGGUGGCAUCACCAGCCUUCUCCGGGAAAAUGUCUGUCCCUGCCGAGGUGCAGAACAGCCCACACAAGACAACCUGGAAGCGUUCAGGGCCUUCUGUUACAGUGAAAGGACACACGGUCGCCUUUCCGACCACAUCAAAAUUUUCCCGAUGUGAGUCGUAUGUAAAAAUGUGGGUUAUGAUCAUAAGCUGUGCACAAGGCCAAGAAAAAGACCAGAAGUGAAACAGAAGACAGACAGACAGCAGAGACAGCACAAGCAAAGCCAGAAAUCCCCGGAGCCCGACGGAAAUGGUCAAGCAUAGGCAGAGACUUGGAAAACGACCCCCAGGACAGGCCUGAUCUCGCCUCCUGGGAGGAAGUGGUGAGUUCUCUACGAAGCCCCAUUCCACAUCACUGCUUCUCCUUGGGCUUCUAAGGUGAGAAAUCUUUAAUGGGUCUUGAUUGCUUUCAGCAAAGGUCAACAAACGUUUCCUUCAAAUUCCCGAGAAUAAACACCGGAGGUUUGCUGGCCACGGGGUCUUUGUGUGGCCCUCCCCCCCGCCCCCGCUCUGCCUUGUGGAAUGAGCUGCUCCAUCAGUGGAAAACCCUGCUCCCGGAAAAGUGGGUUCACCCCACCCCAAAAUUUGACUUUCGUGUAACUUUCAUGUGUCAUGAAAUAUUUUUCCUCUUCUGAUUUUUUCCCACUAUUUAACAUGUAAAAACCAUGCCUAGCUGUGAGUCAUAUGGAGGCAGGUGGUUCCAGGUAAGCUACAGGCUCCCUGGCCACAUGCUCAAGCCCUUGUGCACCGCAGUGAGCAGGAAAACCCACCAAAGGCGGCUUCCCUGGCGACUCCUCCAUGGCUCCCCUAUGUGUGCUCCCACCUCUACCCGCAGCCCCCCUGCUGCCCAUGGCCUCUGAGGGUGCCAGCCUGAAGUGCCCUACCCUGAGGCCCAUAACCCUGAGCUGCACGAGCCCUCUGGCCAGCACCUGGGUCACUGGCAUCCCGUCUGGCACCCGGACCCGGACUGUCAGAUAUGGGAGUGUGGCCGGAGAUGCUCCAUGACCGCCCGCAGGCCUGUGCUCCCACCUGCUUCCGUCAUGUCUUGGUAUGGAGGGCGGAGCCUCCCGCAGGCCCCUCGGGCCCGUGGAUGUGGAGAUUCCAGCUCUGAUGGUCCCUGCUAUGGUAUUUGCACCAUCGGUGGAGGCCGGGGAGGCCUCGUUGCCCAGGGCCAGCUCCCUUAGCAAGCAGGGCGCUCGCGACCACAGCUCCACUGUCUGCCACUGAGAACCUGGGCCCUGUGGGGCUGGGUUGGCUCCAGAGGUCAGAAGCCGAGGCUCUGGGGGAUUUUCUGGCUCUGUGCGACUCCUUUGUCUUUUCUGGGAUGUUGGGAUCACGCUCUGUGUCUGAACAGCUUGGGGCACCCACGGUAAGUGAAUGUGGGAAGGAAAGAGCAUGGUGGGAGAGGGCCAGAGGGACAGCAGCUUCCUGGAGGGGGACAGGCUGACAUCAGAGGCAGCAGGGGCUCACCCCAGUCCCUGGAGGCCUGCAUAGCUCAGCCAGCCCGGAGCUGGAGGCCAGAGGUCAGGUGAGAGGGUGGAAAGGUGCUCCCCGGGCAGCCCCAGUCCCCAGGCCCCAGCUGGAGGCUAAGGAAGGUCAAAGGCUAUGUGUGGCCAUGAUAGGGAGGGACAGAAACCCUGGAAUCUCUUGAGGAUUGGAUAAUCAUUUCGUGACCUUUACGUACGGGAUGAGGCUGUACUUCCUGAUUCCUGUACUUUACCGAAUAAGCAUUUGGAAGGAAAUCUGUGGGCACAGUGCCUUGUUCCUGAACUGUUUCUGCCGCACAGACAGACGCUGCAGCUUUGGUGGAAGGACAGCAGCCUCGCGAGGGGCGGCAGCCAGGUCCCAGGGGGAGCCUGCCUCAGCUUUCCAUCCUGGGGCUCCAGGGACAGGGAGGAGGCCACUGCUGAGCAGGCCGGGGGGAAGGGGGGGCGAGGUGGCAGAUGCUUCAGGGUGGCGUGGGCUGGUUGGGACUCUUGGUUACAGGUGUUAGAAACCAAACUAGCAAAAGCAAAGGAAGCCAUUUAUGAUAAGGAUGCUUUAUUUAUUCUAAGAGAGGUCUCCAAUAGCGCAGGAUAGGAAUGAAGUUGACCUGGGGACCAUGGGAUCCGGGGGGAGGAGAGGGAGGGGCAGGAGCAGAAGGAGGAGGGGGAGCAGGAGGACGGGGGAGGAGGAGCAGGAGGAGGAGCAGGAGGAGGAGAAACAGGAAGAGCAGAAGCAGGAGGAGGAGCAAGAGCAGGAGCAGGAGGAGGAGGAGGAGGGGGGAGGAGGGGGAGGAAGAGAAACAGGAGGAGCAGGAGCAGGAGGAGGAGCAGGAGGAAGAGAAGGAAGGGAGGACAAGGAUGGGUCUGAGUUUGAGCCCAGGCAGCACACACUGAGAACAGUGCCCUUAGUUGUAAAAUGUCCCCAAAAUCCCCUUCUGGGGAAGCUGGGGUGACUUGGUGACCUGCUUCCCACAGAGCCUCUCCCUUCAUUCUUGUGGUGGAUGCUCAGUCAUUCACGCCUCCCCUUCCAUCCCAGCGGGAGGAGCCAAGUGGAGAGGGAUGGAGGUAGCGCCUUGCUGAGCACUGGCUCGGGCCAUGCAGGUAUAAGGCCCGAGGGCCGCCCUCUCCUGGCAGGCUCAGCUGCCCAGGCCUGGGAGGGCGGGCACAAGCCCAGUCUUGGCCAGGUGACCCCCCUGGUGCAGACUUUGCGCUUUCCUCUGCUUUGCUCUUCUCCCUCCCUCCAGGUUCAAGUUCAGAGGUCAAGAGUGUGGGCUUUGGGGUCAGACAGAGGGUCUGAGGGAUACCCAGCUCUGUCCUCAGGGUGGGUGGAGCCCCUCUUCUUCCCCACAACUCCAUCCUCCGCAGUGGGCAUUGGCCCUGUCCCCUCCCUGAAGCUCCGUCCUCUGCUUCUUCUUCACUGCUCCUUGAGGGGAGGCCGGGAGAGAGCUGCGGCUCCCAUUAGCUCCUCUGCCAGGGCCGCGCCCCAGUGGGGUUUCAGGGAUGAGGUUCUUCACCCACCAGUGAACGUCCCAGGUGACCCCUGCCGCAGCUCCCGUGGGAAGUCAGGGUGGAGGGGGCCUGGGGGGGUGAAGCCCGGCAGCCCUUCUUUGGCUUCGGUGGGUGGGGGCAAUACGAAGCGGAACAUUUCUUCGGAUCUGUUCUGGACACCUGCAGAAAUCUCUGGAAGCCCAACCCACGGCUGUACAUCCUCCAGGAGCCUUCCUGCCGCACCCGUGACUGGAGAAUGAGACCUGGUGUCCACUGCCCAAGGUCUUCCCACCGCAGGGCACACAAACCCAUGAUCCGGGCCAGCCUGUCCUGUCAGAGCCACCUCUGAAUGUAUUCAUCUGUGCGUGUGUGUUACAUGUGUGUGUCUGUAUGUGUUGUGUGUUGUAUGUAUAUGUUGUGCAUUGUGUGCAUGUGUGUUACAUGUGUGUGUCUGUAUGUGUUGUGUGUGGUGUGUAUAUGUUGUGCAUUGUGUGCAUGUGUGUUACAUGUGUGUGUCUGUGUUGUGUGUGGUGUGUAUAUGUUGUGCAUUGUGUGUGUGUGCAUGUGUGUGUUACAUGUGUGUGUCUCUGUGUUGUGUGUGGUGUGUAUAUGUUGUGCAUUGUGUGUGUGUGCAUGUGUGUUACAUGUGUGUGUCUGUUGUGUGUGGUGUGUAUAUGUUGUGCAGUGUGUGUGUUACAUGUGUGUGUCUGUGUUGUGUGUGGUGUGUAUAUGUUGUGCAGUGUGUGUGUGUGCAUGUGUGUGUUACAUGUGUGUCUGUGUUGUGUGUGGUGUGUAUAUGUUGUGCAUUGUGUGUGUGCAUGUGUGUGUUACAUGUGUGUGUCUGUGUUGUGUGUGGUGUGUAUAUGUUGUGCAGUGUGUGUGUGUUACAUGUGUGUGUCUGUGUUGUGUGUGGUGUGUAUAUGUUGUGCAUUGUGUGUGUGUGCAUGUGUGUGUUACAUGUGUGUCUGUGUUGUGUGUGGUGUGUAUAUGUUGUGCAGUGUGUGUGUGUGCAUGUGUGUGUUACAUGUGUGUCUGUGUUGUGUGUGGUGUGUAUAUGUUGUGCAUUGUGUGUGUGUGCAUGUGUGUGUUACAUGUGUGUGUCUCUGUGUUGUGUGUGGUGUGUAUGUUGUGCAGUGUGUGUGCAUGUGUGUGUUACAUGUGUGUCUCUGUGUUGUGUGUGGUGUGUAUAUGUUGUGCAUUGUGUGUGUGUGCAUGUGUGUGUUACAUGUGUGUGUCUGUGUUGUGUGUGGUGUGUAUAUGUUGUGCAUUGUGUGUGUGUGCAUGUGUGUGUUACAUGUGUGUGUCUGUGUUGUGUGUGGUGUGUAUAUGUUGUGCAUUGUGUGUGUGUGCAUGUGUGUGUUACAUAUGUGUGUCUGUGUUGUGUGUGGUGUGUAUAUGUUGUGCAUUGUGUGUGUGUGCAUGUGUGUGUUACAUGUGUGUGUCUGUGUUGUGUGUGGUGUGUAUAUGUUGUGCAGAGUGUGUGUGUGCAUGUGUGUGUUACAUGUGUGUGUCUGUGUUGUGUGUUGUGUGUAUAUGUUGUGCAUUGUGUGCAUGCGUGUGUCUGUGUUGUGUGUGGUGUGUAUAUGUUGUGCAGUGUGUGUGUGUAUAAGUCUUUAUGCUGCCUGCAUCUUGAAGGCACCUUUUGACUCCAGGACUAGCCUGGGCUGGAAUCCGCCACCGACGUGGCCUCUUUUCUGGGCUGGGCCCCCUUUUCUUUCAGGGCUUGCAGUUGUAGCUUCUUCCAGGCAGUCCUCUGUGACGCCUGGGCUGGGUGAGGCACCCUUCUUCAAGCCUCCUGGUGCCUUACCCCUGUCCACCAUGACCCGCGGAGGAGCUGCUGCCCCUGCCCUGCCGGCUCUGCUGCCUCUGCCUGCCUCUCACCCUGAGGGAGCACCCUCUGCCUUAGCACCUGCUCAGGGCGGGGAGGAAGGGGCAGAUACAGCUGGGAUGGACCCCGGGCCUCUGCAUGAGCUUGGAUCUGACGACGUCCUCUCUGGACCACACGGUCUGUGAGGCCAUGCAGAAGAGGGCCCAGCACAGCUCCAGCACUGAAUGGGUGACAGCUGAGAAGGAGGAGGUCGCCAGCUCACGACUGCAGCACCCGAGUGGGUGUGUCACAAGGGUUCUCAGGCUCAGGACUCCAGCAUCGUUCAUAUGUGACGACUGUGGCAGGGAACUGAGAGUAAUGGAACCACGUGCCCAGUGGCUUUGAGAUAAAAGCACUGCUUUAAGUAAUGUACAGAUUAAGGAAAAAGUGAAACGCGGCCUAGCAGGUGUUCCCGAGCAUUGUUUAAAUGGAAGAAGAAAGAGAAAGCAGGCAGAUGUGAGUCAGAACGUGCAGAUAACUUUCCCGUCAGGUCCUGGCCGGGCCACUGGAAUCAGGCUGUGGUCUGGCAGCUGAGCUGGCGUUCUGCACAGGACGGCCGAGAAUUGGCCAGGGAGCCUCAGCCACAUGGCUCCUGCACCACCAGGCUCUUCCUAAAAACUGUAGCUAGAGAAGCAACGGGGCCCCUGGGUGUCACACCUGUGGGCCCCUGGGUGUCACAUCUGUGGGGCCCCCGGGUGUCACACCUGCGGGCCCCUGGGUGUCACACCUGCGGGCCCCUGAGUGUCACAGCUGCGGGGCCCCUGGGUGUCACACCUGCGGGCUCCUGGGUGUCACACCUGUGGGCCCCUGGGUGUCACACCUGUGAGCAGUUUUCUGCGCCAGCCUUUCCCUGGGUGUUCCCUGAGUACUUCCUUGGUGGGAAGCAGACACGGCGUCCGCAGCCCUGGGCUUGGGAGCUCUUGGACAGCAGCAAGAGCUCGUCAAAGCAAUCCUGUGCUUGGCUCACUGUGCAGUGCUGUCUGGGAGAUGCCGGCCUGGCUUGUGUGCCCUUCAUCAGAGCCGCUCAGCCUGGAGGCUGCAGAUCCCUCCCCGCCCCAUAGUGACUUUCAGAAAAGGGGAGCGGUGAGGUAGCCUUGACUGUGCUGAGAUGGGUCCUGAACCCUCCGGUGAGUGACCUCUGCCAGCUCGGGGGGCCUGGGGGGCCUUGGAGACACCCCAGUGUCCCUUCUCCAUGUGAGUCUGGGUGGGGGGUGUCUGGCCCCUCUCCUUCCCCCCCGCCUCCGUGUCUCCCACACCCAUGUGACUUUGGAGGAGGGCGGCCCACUGCUGACUUGGGAGAGCUGGUCCUGCAUCCUCGCACAGCAGUCAGUGGUAAGCACCUCCUUGAGGGGCAGGUAGCGGGGGAGACCCAGCGCCUUCUUUACUUAGCUCUGCUUUUGGCUUGAGUUUCCAUGGAAACCAUGAGUCCCCAAAACACAGGCCCGUGAAAGCUUCCGAGCUGUCGUUAUUUUAAAGAAUAUGGCUCUUGUUUCUUACCCACAUUCAGAUAGCAGUUGCCAUGGAAACAGAAUAGAAACUGUUGGGAUGAGAGGGAGCCCCAUUUUGGCCAUUUCCCUGGCUGUCUGUGGAGGGGAGUUGGGAAGGAAGGGAGUGCAACGGUGGGGCCGUGAUCGGGGAGCCCAGCACCGCCCCCAGCUCCUUCCUGGACAGGGUUCUGCCACGCUGGGAGGAAGGGACUCCAGGACGAGCUCUGAUCCCUGGUGACUGUCCUGCUUGAAGCCUUUGAGGAGGGGCCAUGAAGCCAGAAAGGGGCAAGAAACAUUUCAAAAGAAGUUUCAUCCCAAAGUGCACUGGGUGCUGGUCCCCAGACUCUCCCAUAAGGACCUGCCAGACCCCAGCCUGGCACGUCCCCAGCCCGUCACGUCCCCAGCCCGUCACGUCCCCAGCCCAGAGGCAGGGUCCUGAUGGGGAAAGCAGGUGGGGAGAGGCACAGUGUUCAUCCGGGUGCAGGGGCCGGCGGGUGCAGCUGUCACCAAGAGAUGCUGAGGCCCUGGAGGUUACGCCCCUUGUGGGGGUCUCAGUCUCACCGCUGCUGAAUGUCCCACCCCUCAGGUUCCCAGUGCCUGGACUCAUUGUGCCUGUGUGAUGCUGCAGGUGGGAGCCUGGGCCGGGGCACAGGACCCAGGAGAGACGCUUCCUCAUGGGCCUCUGAGGCUUUUCCAGGCACUGGGGUAGAGCCAUGAAGGCAGCCGUGAGUGCAGGGGCAGGGCCUCACGCUUCCCGGAGCCCCACGCACACUACACGCUCCUGGGUGUUUGUGCAUUUAGCUCACAUGCCCUCCUUGCUGGCUUGAAUCGUGCCCUCUGCCACCCGCCAAGAUAUGUCCGCCUGGUGCCUGGGAAUGUGACCUUAUUUGGAAUAAAGGUCUUUGUAGCUGUAAGAUAAGGGUCUUGACGGAAUAUUCUUGAAAUAGACCAUAACUUAAGCCAUAAAACAAAAAUCAGUAUCUUUUAUUUUGUAAUUAUUUAUUUUAUUUUAUUUUAUUUUUAAGACAGGGUCUCACUCUGUUGCCCAGGCUGGAGUGCAGUGACAUGAUCUUGGUUCACUGCAACCUCUGCCUCGCGGCUCAAGCGAUUCUCCUGCCUCAGCCUCCCGAGUAGCUGGGAUUACAGGUGCGUGUCACUAUGCCUGGCUAAUGAUUUUUGUAUUUUAGUAGAGAUGGGGUUUCACCAUGUUGCCUACGGUGAUUUCUGCCUGCCUCUGCCUCCCAAGGUGCUGGGAUUACAGGCAUGAGCCACCUUUCCAGGUCUCAACACAUUUUGAAAGACUGCUUUCAUGCAAAGUGUUUUCUGGCCACGGUGGGACAGAAUCAGAAAUCAGUAAGAGAAGGAAAUUUGGGAAAUUCACAAAUACGCACAAGUUAAACAGCACAUUCCCCAAAACCAGGUGUCAAAUGACGCACAAGGAAAUCAGAAAACGCUUUGAGAUGAAUGAAAAUGAAAACAAUGCAUGUGAAAUCUUAUGGGACGCGGCUAAAACAGUGCUUUCAGGGAAGUUUGUAGUUGCAAACACUUAUAUUAAAAAAGAAAAAAGAUCUCAAAUCAAUAACCUAAUCUUUACCUCAAGAAACUAAAAAAAAGGAAAGCAAAAUAAAUCCGAAGCAGACAGGUGGGAGGAAAUAAUAAUUGGAGUGAAAAUAAAUAAAAUAGAGAGUAUAAAAACAAUAGAGAAAAUCGACAAAACCAAAAAUCGGUUAUUUGAAAAGAUCAACGAAAUUGACAAGCCUUUGCCUAGAUGGGCAGAACAUAAAGAGGGAGAAGCCUCAAAUUACUAACAUUGGAUGAAAGAGGUGCCAUGAAAACCAACCUUAUAGAUACAAAAAGGAUUAUCCAGUAAUCCCAGGACUUCAGGCGGCAGAGGCAGGUGGAUCACCUGAGAUCGGGAGUUCGAGACCAGUCUGGCCAACAUGGUGAAACUCCGCCUUUACAAAAACACAGAAAUUUACCAGACAUGGAGGUGCUUGCCAGCUACUUGAGAGGCUGAAGCAGGCGAAUCACUUGAACUAAGAGGUGGAGGUUGCACUCCAGCCUGGGAAACAAGAGUUGAGACUCUGUCUCAAAAAAUUAAUUAAAAUAAAAUAAAAUAAAGGACUAUCAGGGUACAUUAUAAACAAUCAUGUGUCACUACAUUUCAUAACCUGAUGACAUGGAAACAUUCCUAGGACGUAGACUACGAAAACUGAUUCAAGAAGAAAUAAAAAAUUGGUGUAGGUUUAUAACAGUUAAGAAAUUCGUUAAUUUUAAACACUUGAUGGAACAGGUGAGUGAUAGACAACAUGUAUGAAGACCCCAUGGCACGUGUCAUACUCAGUGGUGAGAUGUGUGAUGGAGAGCAUGCAUGAAGACCCCAUGGCAUGUGUCAUACUCAGUGGUGAGAUGUGUGAUGGAGAGCAUGUAUGAAGACCCCACGGCACGUGUCAUACUCAGUGGUGAGAUGUGUGAUGGAGAGCAUGUAUGAAGACCCCACGGCACGUGUCAUACUCAGUGGUGAGAUGUGUGAUGGAGAGCAUGUAUGAAGACCUCAUGGCACGUGUCAUACUCAGUGGUGAGAUGUGUGAUGGAGAGCAUGUAUGAAGACCCCAUGGCACAUGUCAUACUCAGUGGUGAGAUGUGUGAUAGACAUCCUGUAUGAAGAUCCUGCAGCAUGCAUCAUACUCAGUGGGGGAGACUUAGUAACCCACCCCCAAGGUCCAGAGUGAGACAUGGGUGGCCCUGUGUGUGUGAACUGUCCAGCACAGUUCAAUCCCUAUAGACAGAAAGCAGAUUAGUGGUUACUGGUUGGGGUUGAAGAAGGGAAUGGGGAAUGGCUGAGGAGGGUAUCGGGUAUCUUUUGGGGGUGAUAAAGGUGUAAAAUUAGAUA